AUGAACGCUGCUUGUAUUCGCCGCCAAGCGCUACACCCGCCCAUUGCACCGGAAAUUUCACCGCUGCCGCCGCCCGCAUCCAGCCCAGUCAACACUCACAUGGAAACCCAAGCGGCCAUAUCCAAGGCAAUCCAUCCCCAUUGCCACCACACACCUGGUACCCGCCCACUGAGCAACAAGCUCUGUCUAACCGCCACCUGCUACAGUGGCCAAAGCAACAAUACCAUUGGCGGAAUAAGCAACAGCAUAUACAGGCUCACCAUUCCCUACCUCAGCACCUGGCUUCUUCUCGUUCAGGCCCUCCUGCUGGGUUUGACCAAUGCCAUCCACUGGUGCACUUUGCAAAAUGGCAUCUGCCUCGUGGAUAUUGUGCAGCCCACGGGGUGGCUUGGCAAACUACCCAUGUACACGGGGCUGUUGCACUUUCUAAUGAGUUUUCUCUCGCCGUUUCCUUCAUCAACGGCAGUUUCGGGAUAUGCGCGAGCGCUGUGGCAUAGGGGGAAUACGGAUGGGAGGGCACAUUUGAAUGUGUUUUGGAGCUCGGACCAGUAUUUGGUUUGGCACCCGGUUGCUACAGAGCAUGAUAUUUGGCGCGAUACUCCGUCUGCAUCUUAUUACUUUAUGGUCGUCAAGCUAAUGAGCCCGACCACCAUUGUGCCCUGUGGCCAUGGGUGUACUGUUGCUAGCUAUAGGGCCGAUCGUUCGUCGAAUCACAACACGGUUUUCGACGAGAUCAUCCACUGCACCACCUGUACAUGCGGCGUACAACACUAA